CCUCCUCCUCCUCCUCCCAAGCGGAGCUCCGGCGCUUUCGGACUGGCCGGGAAGGGUCCGGGCUUCCAGGCACCGGGGGACAAUGAUAUCUGCCUUGUGGUGGGCUUGUUGGAUCUCUUUGGCUUAUUCUUCACUCAGCUUUUGUGUAGCCUUUCCCACCUAUGUUCCUGUAGGAGAGCCUUAUGUUAUUCGCUGUCCGAUGAGGUCCUUGCCAUCUAACUACAGUCUGACAUGGUACAUAAAUGGUAGUGAUAUACCCAUAACAACAAAUAACUUCUCCAGGAUCCAUCAGCGUGGAGACUUGCUUUGGUUUGUCCCUACAAUCCUAGAGGAUACAGGACGCUAUCAGUGUGUCAUCAAUAAUGCAACAAAAAGGAACAAGGACAUUGAAGUGGUCCAGAACGAUGAUGGUUUAUGUUUUAAUAGCAAAACAACUUACCCACAAAAAGUUGCAUUGAGUAAAAAUAGACCGUUGACUUGUCCUGAUCUUGAUGAUUUUGAAGAUGAAGACAGUUCACUUGUCUUACAAUGGUACAAGGCAUGUAGUCCUAGAUUACUUAAAGGUGACCGAUACUGGGCUUCUGGAAAAAGUUUAAUUAUUACCAAUGUAACUAAAAAUGAUGAAGGAACAUAUAUAUGCCGGGCAAACUAUACUUAUAUGGGAAAACAAUAUUAUGUUUCACGGGCCAUUCAUUUAACCACCUAUGAUCCACCACCAGUGGGACCAAUAGAGAUCCUAUAUCCCACAAAUAAUUCAAUUGAAGUAGAACUUGGAUCCAGCAUUGCCAUCAAUUGUACUGCCUCAAGAGGAUUAAGCCAAGAUGUAUUUAUAGAGUGGAAUUUCAGCGGUGAACAACCCGAGGAUUAUUUGAGCACAUAUGAAAAAUAUAAGACAAAACUGCCUGAAAAAUGGAUAUCGGUCGUAAGGUUUAAUAUAUCAAAAAUGAAGUCUAACAACUAUGGAAGAUAUUCCUGUGUUGCAGAGUCUUUUGGUACAGACCAACGAGUAGCAUAUGUCAUGCUACAUCGGCCGGCUCCGAACUUUCAAGGUUAUUUGAUUGGAGGACUCAUUUCAGCACUAUUUGUUAUGUUGGCAGCUCUGCUCACCUGCAAGUUUUUCAAAGUGGACAUUGUUCUCUGGUAUCGUGAAUCUUACCAGACUGUUUUCCAGGAAAGAGUUUCAGAUGGGAAGCUCUAUGAUGCAUAUGUAUUGUAUCCCCGAAGUUUAACAAACUGUGCAUAUUCAUCAGAUAUCUUUGUCCUGAAAACACUGCCUGAAGUCUUAGAAAAACAGUGCGGCUAUAAGCUUUUUAUAUUUGGAAGAGAUGAUUUGCCAGGGCAAGCUGUGGUUACAGUUGUUGAUGAAACUAUAAAACAAAGCAGAAGAGUGAUUAUUGUGUUAGUUCCUGGUUCAUCACCUUACAGCAUUCAGGAAGCGUCCACUGAGCAUGAGAUUGCAGUGUAUGGUGCUCUUAUUCGAGAUGGAAUUAAAGUAAUACUGAUUGAACUAGCAAAAAUAAAAGACUACAGCAACAUGGCAGAAUCUAUCAAAUAUCUUAAAAAGAAACAUGGAGUGCUCACAUGGCAAGGAGACUUCUCAGCCAAAUCCCAAAUGGCAACAACAAGGUUUUGGAAAAAUGUGAGAUACCAAAUGCCAACGAACAAAAUUUCUCCUUCCUUAGAUCUUCAUUUCUGGCCUGUGAUCAACUCUUCUCAGAUCUCAGAGGGAUGAUACCAAGGACACUUGUGUUCUGCAGUACAAUGGAUUCUGUGAGGAUCCUUCAUGUGCGAACAUAUUCCUGCCCUCCUAUCAGCAGGUGUUGAAGAGUGAACACUGAACAGUAUAAUUUGCAUGGUUUGCACAGACUGUGAGGAGUCAGUGGAUCAGUGAGCUCCCUGGAUAAAUGGGAAAAUGAUGUGAACACUUGAACAGAAAGAGACCUCACAUUAUUUUAUAUAGUUCUUGUUUACAGACAGAAGUGACUAUAUAGGAAAUGGAAUGUCAUUAGGUUUUUAAAUCUGAAAUACCAGGUUUCAAAUGAACCAGUUGAUAGCUGCUUUAUUUGCUUGUUUACUUUUUAAAUGUGUCAUUUUACAGAAUCCUGGAAGGGGCAAGAAUUGCUGAACAAGCUUUUCAAAGGGAUCUCUGUGUUCAGAUCAUCACCUUGUGAAGUAACUAGUACUUUUACUUCAGAGAGAGCCUUUAAUCUAAUAAGAUAAAGGCAAAGGUUUCCCCCUGAAAUUAAGUCCAGUCGUGCCUGACUCAGGGUGCUCAUCUCCAUUUCUAAGCCGAAGAGCCAGUUUUGUCUGUAGACACCUCCAAGGUCAUGUGGCCAGCAUAAAUGCUUGGAGCACUGUUAAUCUGAUAAGGAAAGGGGUAAUCUUGGUCCUUUCUGCACCAAGCUGCUUGGGAUCAACAAUACACCUUUUUUUCCAGCUGCAACAUUUCACAAACCUUCCAUUUAAGUUCUGAACAGGUUCUGCCCACAUCACUCAUACAAGUUCCUGUGGUUUUGGGCAGCUGAGACACAUGUAUUCCAACAAAGUCCCCCCCCCCCCUUUGGCCAUAUCCUAUUAAAGCCACAAUUAAGAAGAAUCCUUCAUUCCUCCAAAAGUUUGCUCUAAACAACACUACAACUGGUCAAUAAUGACCCUAGCUCCUGUAUUUCCAAGCCAGCAUAAUACAAGGAAAAAAUAUUUUUUAAAAAUGUGUACAAACCCACUAUCUGGCUGCCUUUUACCGCACACUGAAUCUUGCAAUGAUGGUGGUACAUAAGCAACAAAAGAGGACUUUCUUCAGAAUAUCCAACUCAGGAGCAUCUUUUUACUCACCAGCCUCUAGUCUAGGUAUUCUUUUUUUUUAAUGCUCAGUUCACCCUUUCUUGCCUCUCUAUCUGAGUAAAGUGCCAAAUACAUCCACUAUUAUGCUGGAGUUAUGAUGAGAUUUCGAAUGCUAUGCGUAUUCCUUCUGUAUCUCCCAAGGAGAAAAAUUGAAACAGGAAGUUUAAAUAGAUGGUCUUACCAGAAAGCAAAUGCAAAACAAAAAAACAGGUUCUUUGAUUUGAUUCACAUUUUAUUAAAUGACAAUGCUGACAAAAACACUGACUUACUGGAUGAAAUGGUUUAGUAGUAAUAAUUUCUCUCUUUUUUGGACUGUAAAUUUAAUUUUUGCACAAGGUCCAAUCUGCGAAACCUUUCCUGAUUUAUACACACUUUGACUGUAUAUUUAUUGUUACUUGCUAUCACUUUAGCCCCAGCUUUGGCAAACGUAUGGCUUUAAUUCUUUUCUGAGGCUAUGAUCUGCAGAGUAGACACCCAGAUAUGAGUCUUCAAACUAUGCCCAAAUACGUGAAAGUCUAGAAGGUCUAGAAAAGGGCUUCCCAACAUUUGGUCCUCCAGGUGUUUUGGACAUCAACUCAUACAAUUCCCAACAGCUGGUAAGAUAGCUGAGAUCUCUGGGAGUUGAAGUCCAAAACAACUGGAGGACCAAAGGUUGAGAAGCACUGGUAUAGAAAAUAACACUUUGGUAAGGAAUUGUUUCUAUGACAGAAAUAAUAUUUGUAUAGUUAUGUAACAAUUCUUGGAACUUGUGAAAUACAUCUAUGCCACAAAAUUUUUCAUAUUUGCCUUCAUUAUGACAUGUAGAGUGUAUUGUAACAUCCAUACCUGAAUCAUUCUUUAGAGGGAACACGUGAUACCACUGCUGAACCAGCUGCACUAUGUUUGGUUUAUUUCUGAGGCUUCGAGAGCACAAGACCAGGAUACUUGAAGGACUUUGCACCCACACAAUCCUGCCUCUGUCUCCGACCCCACAGAUUGUCAGGAGGUACGGUUGACUAGAAUCUGGGAAAACCUGUUUGCCAUGGUGCCAAAGGUGUGGACAUCCUUACCUUGGGAGUAGGCUCCCUCCCAAGUGAGUUUCAGACACCAAACAAACACGUUUGUUUAGGUGUAGUUAUAGCUUGAGUUGCUCUGAAAUUGAUGUUCCAUGGCUUUUGCUGUGUUCUCUAGCCUUUAUGCUUCUGCUUGUAUACUGUUAAAAGUUUUCUUUAAGAGGAAAUUAUUACAUGGGUUUUAAUCUUUUGUAGUGAUAACCUCUUUUGAGAGUCUCAUCUUUGAGAUGGAAAUUAGGGAAAUAAAGUUCUUAAUCAGACUUGUUGCCAAGGACUCUGCAUAGCUCUAAUUUUGCAAGAUUCAGCCACACCUCAUGGGAAUACUUUGAAAGCAGGAACAAGGAUGUUCUAGAUUUGUUGUGACUGAAGUAACCAUUGCAUGCUGAGUUAAAUUUAUUUAGGAAUUUUAGUUCUAAUUUAUCACAGGAAAUUAAAAUGUGUGCAAUUGGGAUGACAAACAAA